AUGAUUGAUCAAAAAGAAAUAUGCGUAUUAUCUACACUUUUACUUCACACUUCCGGACUUGAAGUAUCCGAAAACAACAUUAAGAAAAUUGCAACUCAUUUAGGAGUAGAAUUAGAUUCUUAUCUAGUAGAACUAUUUAGUAAAGUUUCUGCCAGUACUUUAGAUAAGAUUAUCAGUAAUCCAGUGGCUGGUGCUGCUGUAGCUGUUUCUAGUGAAGCGGCUGCUAGUACUGGAGCUGCUCCUGUGGCUGAGAAGAAGGAGGAGAGUGAGGAGGAAAGUGAUGACUUUGACUUGUUUUAA